AUGGAGGUAGCUCUGGGUAUUGCCGGUUUAGCUCUCGCCGCUCCUACCGUCGUCAAAACCUGUUUCAACCUUGUGGAUGCUCUUAUGCAAAAGGUUGAAAAGAACAAGAGCUUGCGAAGCCAUGCCGAACGUCUCAAAGCCUUCGAGAUCAAGACCGGACGGAGCAAGCUCAAGCAGGACAUGAAGCUUGGGGAAGCCAUCCUUAAGGACCCAACAGUGGAGCAAAACGAUAAGGCUUGCUUAGAGGCCGUAUUUGAUGACGCCAUGAAGACACUGAAAGAGAUGGAUGUGACGGUGGACACAAUACUUCAGAACUGCGAUAACUUCCUUAGCCGUAAGAGGAGGGUGGCACUUGCAAAGUUCACUGAGCAGUCUAGAGCGCUAGACACCACCACGAACCGCUUCCACGACAUCGUUAUCAGCCAGACCUUGGUGCAGAUUUCAGAAUCCAACAACAACGUCUCACUUCUCAAAGAUUUCGACUUCACCAUAAUUGGACCGCUGGAAGAUUGGAAACCCUUAAAUAAGUCAGCUUUCAUCCACAAGGGACGGCUCACGAGAAGCCUAAAAGACAUUCCCGCCGGCACAGGUGAAUUCGUUAUAGAGUCAAGAGCCUACAAGGCAGCCACCAGAGAUUGGGUGAAGACGAACCUACGAUUCCUUGCUCAACGCCUUGCAGCAGCUCAACUUGCCGAAGGUAUCCUUCCGCUCGUUGGCUGUCGUGAAGACUCCGUCCGGCAGGAGUUCCAACUGGCCUUCUGCGCGAACAGCUAUGCAGCAAGCGCGCAAACCCUACAACUGCUAUAUUGUGAGAAGAAGACGCUUCCGACCCUCAACUUCCGUCUCGGUUUAUGCGCAAACCUAGCCGAGGCAAUUCUCCACGUCCAUACCCUAGGGCUGGUGCAUAAGAAUAUUCGCCCAGAGAACGUCCUCAUAGCAAGCAACGAUAAUUGCGAGAGCAACAAGGUUUUCCUUCUCGGCUGGAAAUAUGCUAGGAAGGCAUUUGACGCCCCGACUGUCCGUGAAGGGGAGCCUAGUACAGAACGAAAGAUCUAUCAGCAUCCCCAUCGACAGGUUGAAAUUGCAGACGAGGACUACUGCAUGGGUCAUGACAUUUACAGCCUAGGAGUGUGCAUGCUUGAGAUUCUUGCGUGGGCUCCUCUUAUCUCGUCCACGGAGGCGGGCGAAACGUCAUUCAACGAAGACUUCAAGUCUGGCUUUAAGAAUCGAGGGCUUGCAAAGGAUAAGGAUGAGGUUAACCCCGCGUGGUUGAAGGGCCAACAUCCAAGAAAUGUACAAAGAGUUCUUCAGGACAUGGCAGCGGACAAGCUGCCAUACCUGGCUGGGACACGAAUGGCUGAGGUGGUGGCGAGUUGUUUGGGAUGCCUAGAAUCUGAGGAAGGCCGCGGUGGAGACGCAAACUUCCGUGGAAGGAACCCAAAAGAGGUUGGGGCUGACUUUGUCGAUUCAGUGCUUAAGCACACUCGAAGCGUGGCGGGGGCAAUUUGA